AUGGACACAGCAGAACGAGCCUACGAAAAGUUUCAAAAUCAAAUGAUUGCAUUUGACAACUUGAAGAUUGAAAUGAACGAGCUAGCAGUGGAUCUAGACCAACAACUAUCUGACAAACAAUCGUUAAUUCUACAACAGGAACAAGAUCAUAAACAAAAAGUCAAUGACUUGACUAAUCAAGAAUACAAGUUAAAGCUCCAGGCCAAAUCAUUAAAGGAAAAAGAAAAUGCAACAAGAGACAAGUUGAACUUGGCAAUGCGCUCUUUGGAACAACAGAAGCUGAAAGUGGAAGAUUUAGUGAAGAAGAAACAAAGUUUAGUUGACACAAAGCAGGACUUGGAAUCACAGAUAAAACAACUUGAAACAGCCAUUGAUCAGGGAACGAGGGAGCUUAAUAAGUCAAAUGACAAUAUGCUGUUGCAAAUGAACAAGAAUCUAGUGGAGCUAAACAAAUAUGAAAUAUACACAGGUCUAAAAAUUGAGGUACAGAGUAAUGAACUAAUGUGUUUCAAAUUCUUCAACUUGGAUCCCAAUGAUUACGACAGAGAGUUUGCUAUUACUUUGAAUAUUGGUGGUAGCACGUACAGUAUAGAGAACACAAGUCCCAAGUUAUCUGAUGAAACUGUUGAGCAGAUACAAGGUAAAUUAAACCAAGGUAGACAGCUUAGUAAAUUUUUGAAAGAAGUUAGAACUCUCUUUAAAGAUUUUGUGCAGUAUUAA